CACACACAAUACGGACGGAAUACACCGCACAACGAGCAAACUCCACAGAGGACCCUCAACUAGCCCGAUGAGGCACGAUAGCGUUGGACCACGUUGAACGGGUCAACGGACCCAUGUGGAAUUGUGGAAUGGAACUAAAUUGGAGGAUUUGAGAAGGGGAAAGUUGAGCUCUUAGAAGCUCGUGCCUUUUCCCGACCGACAGACUCGGAUCCUCCAGAACGAAUCCGAGAUCCUUCCGCUCUUCCUUCCCUCUCGGAUUCUGAUACUUUGUACCCUGAACCGUUGAAGCACUCUAGUCUCUGAACCAACAUUGCGGUUGCGGUCUGGCGUUGCGGCUGAGGCAAUUGGGCACGUAACUACCUAAAUUACGGAUUGCCCAGUACAUCCCCAUACCUCAUACGUGGAUAAGGUAGGUAGGUGUCUAGGAAAAUAAGUUAAUCUCACUGCUUUUCUGUAACCUAGAAACGGGGUCUGAUCCAGCGACCUACUCUACCCAUCACCGACUCCUUUACUCCUUUCCAGUUCUUUUCCCUGCUACCAACCUACAUUACAAUAGAUACCCUCACCGGCUGGUGUCUCUCUCCUCGACGCUCUCCUUUGCUGUCCCGUCAAUCCUCCCUUCACCAUCUCCGCAUCCCGACUCCCCCGCCUUGGCCCGACAACUCAUCCUGACCUUGUUUGCGACGGCGACCGGCGAUAUUGAAGGCAACAACUUGCAAGCUCUUAAUUGACACAGCCAUGGCCUACAACAGAUCCUACAACCCGGACGAGCUCCCCAGAUUCGCCGAGCCGGAACCCCGACAAGGCACUUCACCGGCUCCGCCUCAGCAGGCUCCUACCACAGCGCGCUACGAGACGAAACCACCACCUCCCCGCCCCGUCGAACAUCGCAACACCGGCUUCGAACAGCGUCAGAACUCGUACGAUCCCCAGCGUCAAAACACAUAUAAUCAAAACGCAUAUCAUCAAAACGCAUACACUCAGAACCACUACGCUUCCGGCUCAGCAGACCCGCACCGACUAUCGCCGAGAAUGCAGCAAGGACCACCACCAGACCGCUACGGCAUGAGCCCGCCUCCCUCGGCGACCGGCAGCCGGCCCGCUCAUCAUAACCUCCCCCCGGUCUCUUCGCGACCGCCCCCGAGCCCGACGACCCGCGAUGGCGCCGACCCGACUCUUCUUCCCCUAUUCAGGGCCGUCGAUAAGGAUGGUACCGGCCAGCUCUCCGAACGAGAACUCUCCGCGGCGCUCGUCAACGGGGACUGGACUGCCUUUGAUCCGCACACCGUCCGCAUGAUGAUCCGCAUGUUCGACAGCGACCGCAGCGGUACCAUCGGGUUUGAGGAGUUUUGCGGGCUCUGGUCCUUCUUGGCCUCGUGGCGGACGCUGUUCGAUCGUUUCGACAUGGACAAGUCUGGCAACAUCAGCUUGGACGAGUUCAACAACGCACUGGUGGCGUUUCGCUACCGGCUUAGCCCGCGCUUUGUCGAGCUUCUCUUUCGCACGUACGACAAGCGCGGCGACGGCGUCAUGAGCUUCGAUCUCUUUGUGCAGGCUUGCAUCAGCCUGAAGCGCAUGACGGAUGUGUUCAAGAAGUACGAUGAUGAUCGCGAUGGGUACAUCACGCUGAGCUUUGAGGACUUCUUGACGGAAAUUCUGCGCCAGUUGAAGUGAACGGGCGAUCUGGUUGAUUGGUUGGAUUACUCUAAUGCAUUUGGUAAAGCCAUCUUGUAUAAUGAUUACCCUCUGCGUUACGAUUGUUGUCUUCGGCGUUUUAUCAGCCCCGUUGUUGAUGAAGUCGAGAUGUCGACCGCUUUGCGUCGUUGUUGCGCCGCUUUAUUGUCCUCUGUUCAGAAUUACUUGGCAUAGCAGGAGAGGACGUGAUCACAGCCUAAUGGUGCGCAGCUAAGUCUGUGGAUUACGAUACCCUACAAUAUAGCUUUACUUGCACAAGGCGCUCAACAUGUUCAUAGCUGGCAUGAAGAUCGCAUUAUCCCAUGGUUCAUGCCAGUGGAAUUAUCAUGGAUUAUUUCACAAAAUGUCCAUCAUCGAACUUCCUUCCAAGUCUAUGCAGUAAGCGCCCU